AUGGUCCUUUCAUUCAUUCUCGUCCAGAACCGGCAAGGAAAGACCAGGUUGGCCAAGUGGUACGCGCCGUAUACCGACGAAGAAAAGGUCAAGCUGAAGGGCGAGGUGCAUCGGCUCAUCGCGCCUCGCGACCAGAAAUACCAAUCCAACUUUGUCGAGUUUCGGUCCGCGCCCUCUUCGUCGGCCUCGACGUCUCACUCUCAACCCCUCGUCCGCCAGAACCUGUCGUCGACCAAGAUCGUCUAUCGGAGGUACGCGGGGCUGUUCUUCUGCGUCUGUGUCGAUGCCAAUGACAACGAACUUGCCUACCUGGAGGCGAUCCACUUCUUCGUCGAAGUGCUCGAUCAAUUCUUCGGCAACGUCUGCGAGUUGGACCUCGUCUUCAACUUCUACAAGGUCUACGCCAUCCUCGAUGAGGUCUUCUUGGCCGGAGAGAUUGAAGAGACGAGCAAACAAGUCGUCUUGACGAGACUGGAGCAUCUGGAUAAACUAGAGUGA